AAUAACCAACAUCUCGUCGAUGCGAGUCUAGAUCGUUCAGCUACCAAGGGUCUUUGCCGAUUUCUUUCGACUUGGAUGCACAGGCUUGAACUUUGUUGUACACAAUCAAGCAGCGACACGCCGUUGAACCCGGCGACGAAUCUCACCCCGCCUGAAUUCGACUGACCGCCACACGCACAAGAAGCAAUUUGCCAUUGACUCAACGGAAAGGCUAUAUCGGCUUGACAAACAUCCCGGAAUUCUUCAAACCCCACGCAAUUUAAAGGACAAAUUCCAAUCGGCCUACCAUGUCCAAUGAACAUCAGAUCGCACAGAUCCCUCAAGGCAGGGAAAUCAUCGGGGUCAAAUUGAUAAACCCUGUCAACUUUGGGCCAGCUAUUCUCGACAGGUUCAUGGCGCCCCCCGUUCCAGGCCUAGAGACAUUCCAGACCUCGCCCUCCUUUUCAUUUCUGUUGGAACACCCGUCAGGCCGCAAGUUAGUCUUCGAUCUGGGCAUCCGAAAAGACUUUAACAAUUACUCGCCGAAGAUCACGGAAUAUCUUCCAAGCACGAAUUACGAUAUUCAGGUGCAGAAGAAUGUUGUGGAAAUUUUAGAGGGGAGUGGGAUAGAAGCUAAAGAAGUCGAGGCUGUCAUUUGGAGCCACUGGCAUUGGGACCAUAUUGGAGACCCGUCCACGUUCCCUGCCACUACCGACCUAGUGGUGGGUCCUGGAUUCAAAAAGGCGAUGCUUCCGGGGGCCCCAGCAAACCCAGAGUCCCCGAUCUUAGAGAGCGAUUACACAGGCCGAAACCUACGCGAGAUCCAGUUUGAGGGCCCAGAUUCAUUCCAUAUCGGUCAAUUUCCGGCCGUCGACUACUUUGGUGAUGGCUCUUUCUAUCUCCUCGACAGCCCUGGACAUGCAGUCGGCCAUCUCUGUGGCCUUGCUCGAACAACCCAAAACCCGGACACAUUUAUUCUGCUCGGUGGGGAUGUUUGCCACUAUGCCGGCAUUUUACGCCCAUCGAAAUACAUGAGCGUGCCGGAAUCGAUUACACCCCACCCAUGCCACCCUCAUGGGAACAUAUCGUUGUGCCCGGGGGAUGCAUUCGAACAGCUGCAGAAGUCUCGCGGGAGGAACGCAAACGACACACUCUACGACAUGACAUUUGGCUUGGAUAUCCCGCUGGCAAAGCGGACUGUGUCGCAUCUACAGCAACUCGACUGCGACGAGAACAUCUUCAUUAUUAUUGCACAUGACUCGACCGUGCGAGACGGGGUAGACCAUUUCCCAAAUAGUCUGAAUAACUGGAAGGAGAAAGGAUUGGGGAAAGGGUUGAGGUGGACAUUUUUGCGCGAUCUGAAGACCUAUUGGGAAUCGAAAGGCCUUGCAUAACGUGUUAUAUCCC